GUCUGACGCUCUGUCUAGUUCCUGUAUUUCAAGCUACCGAACAUUUAGGGAUAUUUUCGUUGCGGUGCCGUCAUCGGUCCCUGAAUAGCGCUGCAUAGAAGGAGGCGGUUGCCACUAAGAAAACAUUGCGAAGAUGAAUUUUUUCUUUGAGACGCUGAAAGUUCUGUUUCUUACAAUUUACUUGAUAUUUGAGUCACUCAUCUUGUGGAUAAUUCCUUCUCGGAGGAAGAAUGUAGCUGGUGAAUUAGUGCUAAUUACUGGAGCGGGCAGUGGAAUAGGACGGCUUUUAGCACUGGAAUUUGCCCGUCUCGGUACUACAUUGAUUUUGUGGGAUAUUAAUCAAGAAGGAAAUAAAGAGACAAGUAGGCUAGCCAAAGAAAAUGGUGCCCUCCGAGUACAUACAUACACAUGUGACUGCAGCAAGAGGGAAGACGUGUACAAAGUGGCCGACCAGGUCAAGAAAGAAGUUGGAGAUAUCACUAUCCUAAUUAAUAAUGCUGGGAUUGUAACUGGAAAGAAAUUUAUUGACUCACCGGAUUCUCUGUUGGAGAAAACUAUGCAAGUGAACGUUAUGGCACACUUCUGGACCUGUAAAGCCUUCCUUCCAGCAAUGAUGGCCUCCAACCAUGGGCAUUUGGUUAGCAUUGCAAGUUCUGCUGGACUGAUUGGAGUCAAUGGACUAGCAGAUUACUGUGCCAGUAAGUUUGCUGCAAUCGGGUUUGCCGAGUCUAUUGGUCUUGAAAUGUUCGCUCUGGAGAAGACUGGAAUAAAGACCACUAUUGUUUGCCCCUAUUUCAUAAACACUGGAAUGUUUGAUGGAUGCUCAACCAAGUGGCCAAAUUUUAUGCCAAUUUUAGAGCCUGAGUAUGCCAGUAAAAAAAUUGUGGAUGCCAUCCUGAAGGAGCAGGUGUAUCUGAUUAUGCCACGCAGCCUUUACAUUAUAUUUGGUUUUAAAAACAUUAUAUCUACAAAGCUUGGUUUUGUUCUUGGUGACUACUUUGGAGCAUUUCACUUCAUGGAUCAUUUCAAAGGCAGAGUUAAAAAGGAUUAAUAUCAGCUUAAAACUAUGUUUAAAAUGACAAAUGAAUGUUUCUAUCUACUAAUGAACUGUAUAUAGCAUUGCUUAAGUGCAUUCCAGUAAACAUAUAUUCCCUGUCUCGAUGCUUGAACUAGACUAGGGGUAGGCAACUUAUGGCACGUGUGCCAUGCACGGCACUCGAGGUGUCUUUCCACGGCACUCAAGACUACAAGAGCCAAACAGAUUCUGGCCUAUCAGGAGUCCCAAUGAAACUUCAGAUAUCUGCUAAUACGGAAAGGUGGAGAAGGACAAUCAAUUUAUACAUUGCAGCACGUAGAGGAAGUGAUCUCAAAUCCCUUCAUUCCAGCACUUGUGAAUGGGAAUCCACACUGGACUAGAGCAGCCCGCAGCUCCUGUUGCAGCUCCUGUCCUUGACCUACACCUGGCCAGCCUGGUCCCCCCUGGAACCCAGGGAAGCCACCCCCACUGCUAGAUAUACACAGAAAUGCAGAAUAACUCACCCCUCAUACAAAAAUUACGAACAGCCCCCACACACACACACACAAUCUGCACAGACGUAACACCACUAACAAUCCACAUGCAUGCACACAACUCCACAUGCAGCCUCUCACACGAAAAAAACACAAGCAGUCCCACACAUAUACACACUGAACACACAAUGUGAUAUAUCCAUCCACACACACAAUUCCACAAGCAGCCCCCAAACACAGCCCACAUUCACAGGUAUCAUACAUGAUACCACAAACUGAAUAUAUACAAUACAAUAGCUCAUAUACACACAAAAACAACGAUACAAAGCAACUGUAGUAUAAAUAAUACAAGCAGAAUACGGUAACAUACACACUUAUAUUUAAAAAUAUAGGACCGGCAGACUACGGGACAUUACAAUUCUAUUUCGGCACAGUGCUGCUAAAAGGUUGCCUACCCCUGAACUAGAGAACAAUGUUCUAAAUACAAGUCACCAAAAAAAUAUGUUUUAUACUGCCAGCAGUUGUCAAACAAGUUUUGAGCUUUCUUCUCUCGAUCUUUACCUGGAUCUGUUAGUGAUUUUCCAUUUACUAAA